CAGGUUGUAUCCACAUUCUGACUUCAAAGCACGUGAACGCAUCAAAAGCAGAAACAAAUCACAACUCGGGAAAUGGUCUUUUUCCGAGGAGCACGAGAACGCACCGUCCCAGGGAAGCAUAGCACGGAGCUCACAGCUGCACCAGCAAUCAAUUCAAUCCUUAAAAUGUCUGCCGAGCUGUACACUGUGAGUGGACCAGGCGGGAAUGAUGCAAGUCUUCAAGGCACCACAGUGGGGGGCAGCAAACCUUUACACCGCUUCAUGAAAGGACAACCCAAGACUAUUGGCGUCGUUGUGUUGGUCUUGGGCUCGUCUUUCUUUAUCAUUUCAAUUGCAAUGUUAGACGACCUCCCUGAUGAGCCUAUGUGGAAAAUCAACCCAGCUGUCAUUAUUCAGGGAAUUCUGUUCAUCAUGUGUGGGAUUAUGUAUAUUCUGACAGAGCACAAUCCAACCAAGAAAACAGUCACCAUAUCUCUGGCUCUGAGUAUUGUGUCGAUACUGGCGACAUUGUGGACUGACUUGCACAUCCUGCCCGAUUUAGUACACAGCCACUACUACAGGCAUUAUGCUUACAAUUAUAACAUCACAGAAACAGAAGAAGGAUUAUGGACAGAACAUUAUGAGGACAUGGGAAAGAGCUUGGAGGGGAUCUUUGUAUUCUACAGUUCUGCUGGUGCAAUUAUUUUAAUUGUAAUGUCAACUCUGGCUGGAGCUGCCCUGCGUUCCACAAAGAGUCAGGCUGUUGUCAUGAUGACGGCUGCACCAACUGAAACUCCAGCAGAAUGAAGGCCGCAACAUAAACGUCUGAAGUGGGACAACGUGAGAAGAGAACUAUGAAGCAACAUGAUCCUUGAGCCCUAAAUAUUAACCAGUACUAACUAGCUUUAUAUACAAGGUAAUACAUAUUGUAUGUAUGUCUGAUACGUGUUGCUGUGUGGUGUUUCUGUGAUUUAUUACUUUACUUUAUCAUCAGAGAGGACCUGCUGCUUACUCUGCAGCCAGCAGGUGUCGUUGCUUUACUUCCGUGUUAUGUUUACACAGCUACGCCACAGGACGACAAUCCGGGUGAAACUGAAACCUCCGGCUGCCCAUGACACUUUUAUGUGUUUUUUUUUUUACUAUGUAAGCUCUUCUUUAAACAGCAACUCCAAUAAACUCAAACACUGUGACACCUUAA